UUUAUUCCAUUUUAAAAACAUUAAAUAUGAGGGAAAUCGUGCAUCUCCAAGCCGGCCAAUGCGGCAACCAGAUUGGAGCUAAGUUCUGGGAGAUCAUCUCGGACGAGCAUGGAAUCGACCCCACCGGCGCCUACCAUGGCGACUCGGACCUGCAAUUGGAGCGCAUCAACGUUUACUACAAUGAGGCCUCCGGCAACAAGUACGUGCCCCGCGCCAUCCUGGUGGACUUGGAGCCCGGCACCAUGGACUCUGUCCGCUCUGGACCUUUCGGACAGAUCUUCCGCCCCGACAACUUCGUGUUCGGACAGUCUGGCGCCGGCAACAACUGGGCCAAGGGUCACUACACUGAGGGAGCUGAACUCGUCGACUCAGUUCUUGACGUAGUACGCAAAGAAUCAGAAUCCUGCGAUUGCCUACAGGGCUUCCAGCUCACACACUCCCUAGGUGGCGGUACCGGAUCCGGUAUGGGAACACUCCUCAUCUCCAAAAUUCGUGAAGAAUACCCCGACAGAAUCAUGAACACAUACUCCGUAGUCCCCUCGCCAAAAGUAUCAGACACCGUCGUAGAACCCUACAACGCGACUCUCUCAGUCCACCAGCUCGUAGAGAACACAGACGAAACCUACUGCAUCGACAACGAGGCCCUCUACGACAUCUGCUUCCGCACGCUCAAACUGUCCACUCCCACGUACGGUGAUCUCAACCACUUGGUGUCCCUCACAAUGUCCGGUGUCACUACCUGCCUUAGAUUCCCCGGUCAACUGAACGCUGAUCUCAGAAAGUUGGCUGUCAACAUGGUUCCUUUCCCUCGUCUCCACUUCUUCAUGCCCGGCUUCGCUCCCCUCACCUCCCGUGGAAGCAGACAAUACCGCGCCCUGACCGUGCCCGAGCUGACGCAGCAGAUGUUCGACGCCAAGAACAUGAUGGCGGCGUGCGACCCGCGCCACGGCCGCUACCUCACCGUGGCCGCCAUCUUCCGCGGUCGCAUGUCCAUGAAGGAAGUCGACGAGCAGAUGCUCAACAUCCAGAACAAGAACUCGUCCUACUUCGUGGAAUGGAUCCCCAACAACGUGAAGACCGCCGUGUGCGACAUCCCGCCCCGCGGUCUCAAGAUGGCCGCCACCUUCAUCGGCAACUCCACCGCCAUCCAGGAGCUGUUCAAGCGCAUCUCGGAGCAGUUCACGGCUAUGUUCAGGCGCAAGGCUUUCUUGCAUUGGUACACCGGCGAGGGCAUGGACGAGAUGGAGUUCACCGAGGCCGAGAGCAACAUGAACGACCUGGUGUCGGAGUACCAGCAGUACCAGGAGGCCACCGCCGACGAGGACGCAGAGUUCGACGAGGAGCAGGAGCAGGACAUCGACGAGCACCACUAAACGUCGUAUAGAAGGACUCGUUGCCUCGCGACAAAGUACAUGCCAUUAUAUCUCGCGUUACUUUUUGUGUAACAAUAAUGAUUCCUAUCUAUUGAAAUACUUGCUUUCUAACUUUUAACAGAAUGCACGUGUUAACAAAUCGCGGUCAUGACAUGCGUGAAUGUUUGCGAUAUCUGUAUUGGUACAAUACAUUCCUGACUUUACCAUUGAGAUCUGAAACUAGUAAAGGCUGAUCUAUUACUUCCUGUAGACAUCUUUAUGUAUUAGUUUGGGCCCCGUCCUCGGACGCUCUCCAAACGUGAUGAAUGACGGCUUCAAUAACAGAAGUUUUAUGAUUUAUAUUAGUUUGAUCAGUAAUUUAAUGUAUAUAAUAAAGAUUUUUAUUUAUUUA